GCGUUUCAAAAUUUCAACUUUGUUUGGAGGACCAUCCCCGCCCACGCGUACUACUGCUGAGCGUCAUCGUCAUCAUCGCAUGCGCACACGUCCGAUCACAGCCCCGUGGCCGUUUGUGCACGGGCCGCCUUCUCCCCCGCCCUGCACGUCCAACUUGAGGUUCCUCCAACUUCUUCUCACGCAUGUGGGCUAUCCCGAUUCAGACGGGAGCGGGCCUCCACGAAGUGCUGCGAGUGCGCUUCCUGAGUUGCCGAGGUACUAUGUCCCUGACGACGCCAUGAUGCGUAUGAGCCCUUGAUCGUCAUACUAAUAUGGACCGCGUCGUAGCUCCCCACGGUGAGGCAUCUGUGCGUCGCGGGAGGAUGAGACUGUCGCUUUGUUAGUCCUGUAACGCCACGAGGACACUCGGCGAGGUGAUGUGGUAUAGUGAAAGAGCGGUGAUUUUGGCAUGACCCUGACGGUAGGUGACUCCAGCGGGCUUGGUCCGAGCCUUGUCGUCAUAACGCGUGGACUGCGUUGCAUAUAUAAACGGGGACUGCUUUUUGGACUCUGUGUACUGCCAGCUUCAGUUGCGCCGUAUACUGACUGUGUCGAGCUUGACAAGAUCUUAACGCAUUUAUCGAUGGCAAUCUCCUCUGCACCUCCGCGCCGGUCAUCUGUGGGCUCGCAAGCUCCGAAGACGACGUACGUUCCGAACCUGCAGCCAAAGUCCAUCGCCGCCGUCUCCAAGCGCGCCGUCGUUAUCCUCCUGCAGCGACUCCAGAUCGACGUCCCUCAGUAUACCCGGGACUCGGAACUCGAGCGCGACGCCGUCAAUGUCAUCCGCGAAUGGGGCCCUGACGUUUCCGCGCGCCUGCGCAAGUACCUGCCUCCAGCGAUCAUCCUCACGACGACCUGCUACCGUCACAUCGCCGACCAUGACACGAAGCUGCUCAUUGUGCUCUUCAGCGCGCUCGUCAUUUCGCUGGACGACCCCGAGAUUUUUGACGCGUCUGGGUGUCGCGACCUUCACAAGCGGCUGUGCAAUGGCGAGUUCCACCGGGUCAGACGCGGAGGUGGCGGCGUACUCGGGAUGCUCAUGGACGUCUUGUCGGGGAUGGACCACGCGUACCCUGCGUUCCCUUCCAGCGCCAUCAUCUCCGCGGUCCUCGGGUUCGUGAACGGGUGCGUGCUGGAACAGAUGGAGCUGGACAGCACGGGCACCGCUGUUGCGCACUGCCUGGACGCGCUGCCGUUCCUCGCGUAUCGCCGCAGCAUGUCUGGUCUCGCCGACGCUUUUUCGUACUUCAUUUGGACGAAGAUGGACUAUCCGGAUGUGGCGCGGUAUCUACAGGCAAUCCCGGACAUCUCGUGCUUCCAGAACCACGCCAACGAUGUCUUGUCCUUCUACAAGGAGGAGCUGGCCGGAGAGACGGGGAACUACGUGAGCGACCGGGCGAGAGCUUGCGGGAAGUCUAGGGAGGCAACGCUGCUCGAGAUCGUCGAUGAAACCGUCAUGCUUGUCACGCGUAUACGGAGGAUCCUAGGUGAUGGGCCUGUGCGAGACGCAUGGGAGUCCUUCGCGGAGGGCUGGCUGGCGUUCCACGUGUGCAGUCCCAGGUACAAACUGCGAGAACUGAUCAAUUGCGAGUAUGUAGUCGUUGGUGAUCUGGGGAUUUAAUAACCUUACGAGCGAAGUGCCAUUAGUAGUAGUAAUGUUCUUAAUCAUAAUCUCCAGCUU